AUUCCUAGAUCCAUGAAACUCUGUCCCCAUAUCCAACACACCCCUUUUACAGAAUAAUUUCGAUCCUUCCCCUGUCAAACGUUGUCUUUUUCACUCUUCAACUCUGCUAUAGCUUUGAAGCUUCUCCAUCACCUUCAACUUCCAUGGCCACUGAAGAGGUUAAUAAACCUUCAUCACUCCCUCCCUACCCUGAGAUGAUAAUGGAAGCACUGGAAUCACUGAACAAACCCAAUGGAUCCAACAAGUCAGCAAUAUCAAGCUAUAUAGAAUCCAAUCAUGGUGAAUUGCCAGAAACUCAUGCAACUCUUCUCAUUCUUCACCUCAACCAGAUGAAAGAGAGUGGGGAGCUUGUGUUCUUGAACAACAACUACAUGAAGCCUGACCCAAAUGCCCCACCUAAGAGGGGACGUGGCAGGCCACCCAAGCCCAAGGCUGCUCUGCCUCUAGACACUGUGGUGGCCCCACCAAGGCCCAGGGGUCGUCCACCAAAGGAUCCUAAUGCUGAGCCAAAGCCCAAGGUGGUGUCAAUUGCAAGUGGCAGGCCUAGAGGCCGGCCCAAGAAGGUUGCCCGGUCGGCUGCGGCGGCGUCUCCGGGCGCUGCUGUUUCUAGUGGGAGGCCCAGGGGGAGGCCUCCUAAGGUGAAGCCUCAAUUGACUGAAGUCAGCGUUGAAUCAUAGAGUGUGCCUUGUGAUUGUGGUGGUCUUAGACAAUGUAGGGAAUUUGGUCUUUGUGUCAAUGUAAUUUUUGCUUUGUAAAAUUAUGUAGUGGUAGCUUAGUUUAUGAGAAUGAGAGUCUUUGUUUAUUUUUUACUUUUUUCCUUAAUUGUCUAAGAGGACAAUGACUUGAGCUGAUUAUGAUUUGGUGUUGUGUUUUGAAGUUCUAACUUAAACCUGAUAUAAUGCAGAAAAGGGUGCUUUUUCAGA